UCAGGUCGCAGAGAAGCAACAAGCCUAUUUGCUCAGCAACACAUUGCACAUUGCAAUAAUCUUGGUGCCGAUCUUAUGGAAGACAGAUAUCCAUCCAUUUUUGUUGUGGAUACACCACAGAGGGAUGUCCCCUUUGUGCCACCAGUGCAGAAGACCCAGAAGAAAUGGCAGCAUGGUCAGCUGCUCCUGGGAAUCCUGGUCCUGCUGACAUUGGCUGGUUUAGCCAUACAAGCUUAUUUCCUCAUCUGUUUCCGCAAGGACCUGGACAAAGUCACAUCACAGGGAGAUGCGCAUGAAACCUAUGAGAAACUUGUACAAGGUCAUAAACCUACCACGGAAAAGCCAGCUGCUCAUCUGACACUAGGUUCCACUGUCACUGUGUCUCUGAACGGAUCUGUGGAGUGGCAACACGUGAACGGCUCUGCCUUUCUACAAGACAUGGGCUACAAGGACGGCUCCCUGAUCUGCAACCAGCCUGGACACUACUACAUCUAUUCAAAGCUCUACUUGGGGCAGUCAAGCUGCCCAGAAAUUCAGCAGAAGAGCGAGUUUGUUGUCACCCAUGCCAUUUACAAGAGAACUUCUCGGUAUCAAGGGGACAUCAAGGUGUUAACCAACAUCAUUCCUUACUGCAACUGGAAGGACAGUAAGGAGUGGAGGCACAACAGCUUCCUCGCUGGUAUGGUACAGCUAGAGGAGAAGGAGGAGGUGUUCAUCAAGGUGUCUAAAGAACAGCUGCUGUGGGUCAAGGAUGACUCAAGAUCAUAUUUUGGCACAUUCAUGAUAUGAAACAUCUAGAGCUGUGUACAGACAAUUAUUUAUGUGAAACAAUGAACGACUUCCUUCUUAUACUACUAUGGCAGAAUUAGUCUCAAUCCUGCUUCAACAGUCUGAAAACUUUUCAAAUAUAAUGAAGGUGAAGCAGAGCCUUGCUUGGGGGGGGGGACUUCCUUGGUGAAGUGGAACAGCCUAUGCACUCAUUUUGGAAAUAAAAAGAUGGUGCCCUGUGGCUGGAACAGGGCACACUGGCCAAACAAUAAGAAAAUAUUUUGGGGAAAUGGUGGAACACUGCUGUGGGAAAGCUUCUUAAAGAGCUACCUAAAUGCUUAUGUGAAUAAGCUCUCAUCCUUCCGCAACUGCCAAAAAUUAAAAAUGAGUGUGGGCACUAUCCAAUAGGCAUGCAUGACCGUCAUACCAAAAGUAUGUCAACCUGUUGUAGAAGUGCUGGUUGUUUUUUCUAGGGCUACUUUUGGCUUUUCCAGAUUACACUUUGAAAUCCUACUGGAAGUCCAGUCUGACCAGGGGACAGAAAAUGAAAAUGUAGGAUAUGACCUCGAGGUCACUAUAAAGCAGAUAUUGGUAUAUCCCACCUCAGAGACAGUGAUGGAAUAGGAUGAUUUUUAAUGUUUUGCUACAGAAUGAAUACUUCUUUAAUGGGAUGUUAGUACAAUCCAGAAUGCUGUUUUACAACACUGUGUUUCCAAUGCUAAGGAGGUCCCUGUGCUGGGGACCAUUUCUAUCAUUCAUUGUGGUAGAAAGUAUAGAUGGAAUUUAUUUUAAAUAGAUGGAAAGCUUUCUUGCUAAGACAUGAGACCAGUAGUCAGCUAUUGGCACAGCAUUGUGAUCAAACUGGAAGCCCAGAAAACAAUCCGACCCUUUAAUGCUUUGUGGCCUUGUACGGUAUGUAUUUUCAGUGUCUUCCUUGCCAACCCCCUCCCUCCCCCAAGUAUUCCAGAAGGGAUUCUUGGAUUUUAUUUAACCAGUCUUCUUUUCUAUGUGCAAAUAGCUUUUUCUAUAAAAUAUGCCUGUAGGACUAUUUUUGACAGUGAUGAUGUCAGUGAGGACAAGUGAGGUUGAUUGGGAGGGCAGUGUUUCCUAGAUUAUUCAUCUGGAUGGAUCCACUGAGGGAUCAUGCAGGGAAAACAGCUACCUCACAAAAAGUGAACAACCCGAUUUGGCUAGAUCGCAAGAGAAAGGAAUAAUGAAUAAGCCAAUGACCAUGAAUAAGCCAACAUUUUCCAUGAAGUGCUGUAAUUACUGAAAAGGGGAAGCACUGCUUUAAACUGCUAAAAAUGUUAACUGGAAACUGCCCUAAUAAUAAAG